AUAUAACAAAAUAUCUUGUCAACGCUGAUGCGCCCGUUGAUAAUGUAUUCUCCCUUGGACUAUUUCUGUGCACUACGUCCAGCGCUGGCAAAUCCUGUCUGCUGAAUAGUGAGCAAACAACGGAAUGAAGGCCUUAGCAUGUCUCCGCCGACAUGCGUUGCUACCAGCAACACUCGUCUCUGUGGUUCUGGGAUUUACGAUCGGACUACUAUGCCGUCAGCUGAACCCUUCCCCUGACGUCGUCAUCCUCAUCUCAUUUCCUGGGGAAGUGUUUCUGCGGAUGUUGAAGAUGAUGAUUUUGCCUCUGGUAGUUUCCAGCAUCAUGACUGGUCUUGCUAACCUUAAUAGCAAGUCAGCUGGACAGAUUGGUGUGUAUACCAUUAUCUACUACAUCGCUACCACAUUAUUGGCAACAAUGAUUGGCCUCAUGCUCGUUCUCACCAUUAGACCAGGCAAGGUUGCCAACAACAACGUCAUGAGUGCCAGGUCAUCAGGAGUUGCCCCUUCCGCCUCAGCUAGAGACGUGUUCCUGGAUUUAGUCAGGAACCUUUUCCCCGAAAAUGUUGUUCAGGCGAGCUUUCAGACAAGUGGCACUGUGUAUGUACAGAAGCACUCAGGAGUAUCUCUGCUAGAUAAUAACUCUACAGCUGCAAAUACUUCCACGUCCAACAGUUCGAAUGAUACAUCAUCAGUUCAAAGCAGAGAAGAUGUAUGGGCUCCAAAAUCUGUCUACAGGCCAGGAAUGAACAUGUUAGGGAUAUUGAGCUACUUCGUGUUCUUUGGUGUAAUCCUUGGUCGCCUCGGGGAAAAGGGAAAAGUGGUGCUGCGUUUCUUCACUGUAGUUAAUGACACUACAAUUAAGAUGAUAAGGUUAAUUUUGUGGUAUUCUCCAAUCGGGAUUAUGUUCCUGAUUAUGGGGAAGAUUCUGGAAGUCAAGAACCUCGCUGAAACCGCCCAACAGCUUGCCGUCUACAUAAUGACAACUUUGAUAGGUCUCGGAAUCCAUGUUCUUAUAGUCCUUCCUCUACUGCAUCUUGCCUUGACGAGAAAGAAUCCUUACAAAAUCAUGAAAGGAAUACCACAGGCCGUUUUAACGGUUGCUGCAACAGCUUCCAGCUCUGCAACCUUACCCAUUACUAUUCGAUGUUGCGAAGAGAACUUGAAGAUUAACACUGCCAUCACUCGUUUUGUGCUGCCGAUAGGGGCAACCAUCAACAUGGAUGGUACCGCCAUCUUCCAAGUCAUCUCUGCCGUUUAUAUUGCCCAGAUACGUAGAAUACCCCUUCACUUCAUCGAAGUCAUAGUAUUAAGUUUGUGUACAGUGUUGGGCAGUGUAGGCGUGGCGGGAGUGCCCAACUCGGCUAUAAUGGUAUUGAUGGUGAUCCUGUCAUCUGUAGGUCUUCCUGUAGAAGACAUCUCCGUCUUGCUGGCAGUCGACUGGUUCCUGGCUCGAAUGCAGGGUAUGGUGAAUAUAACAGGUGAUUGUUUUGCCGCAUCUAUGCUGGAUCACUUCUUUCCAUACACGCCCGUUGAGCAGUCCAUACACGCAGUCGUCGAGGAUUCCAGGAUCACUGACGAUGACGCCUUUAGUCCGGAUACCGAUGUAUAAGACGCGCAACAUUCUCUCAAGUAGCUUGUAUGACAUCGCACUACACCAAUAACAAAAGCAUGCAUGUGGGCAGAGCAGGCUAGAGGUUUCAUGGACAAGUGAUGCCACCCAUUUGAAUUGCCUUCUGAUUUAUGCCUAUUAACUAUUAAUCAGAUGUUUGUUUUUGUCAAAUGACCUUUCACGUCUGGGAUCACCACUCUCUUUGCGACUCUCCGGGAUCACUAUGACAGCCAGAACGCAACUGCAUAUUGUCCACAGAAGGGUCACUGGACAGUACUACCGACACAACAUACGGGCACGAAUAGUUGUGCCGCGUGCACACCAUGCUGGUCCAAGUUUUGUCUUUCGAAAAGAAAACGCCCACCGUGAACAUAUCAUUACUCUCCGCCCCCAUCUGCAAAACAUCACCAGAAUGCAAUGGCCAGCAAUGAAUCCUCGCCUUCGU